CGACACCUUUUUGAAAAUUCCACGUGGGUCACUUCGACACUGUGAGAACAUCAGUGCUGUACCCGGAUUCAACAUCUCCCCAAUACACGCAAAAACCUCACGGAGUCGCUCAACAUGGCCUCAAAGAAAACGGACGACCACUACUUGACGUUGUCCUGCCCUGAUGCAUCCGGCAUCGUGCACGCCGUCACUGGACUGUUGGCUGCACAAUCCCUCACAAUCGUGGACUUGCAACAAUUCUCAGACCCAGUAUCCAACACGUUCUUCAUGCGUGUCCAUUUCGGAUAUGCCGCCGACCUGUCAGGAUUGCACGCUUCCCUGUCCAAGCUUGCCGAAGACAUGAAAAUCGACUACGAGAUCCGCCGCGUAGAUGAGAAACCUAAGGUCCUCAUCAUGGUAUCCAAGAUUGGCCACUGCCUCAACGAUCUCCUUUUCCGGGUCAAGAGCGGCCAAUUGAAGAUCACAGUCCCCGCGAUCGUGUCGAACCACCCUGAUUACAAGGAUCUGGCGGCAAGCUACGGCAUCCCAUUCUACCACCUCCCCAUCACAGCGGAAACCAAGGCGCAGCAGGAAUCCCAAAUCCUGGACCUCUGCAAGGAGCACAGCAUUGAUCUCAUUGUUCUCGCACGUUAUAUGCAGGUCUUGUCACCCCACCUUUGCAGCGCAAUGUCUGGGAAGAUUAUCAAUAUUCAUCACUCUUUCUUACCCAGCUUCAAGGGCGCAAAACCAUAUCACCAGGCAUAUGAGCGUGGCGUCAAGAUUAUCGGGGCGACGGCACAUUUCGUUACCAAGGAUUUGGACGAGGGACCCAUCAUUGAGCAGAGGGUGGCGAGGGUCGAUCACGGCAUGACCCCGAAGGAGCUGGUGGAAGAGGGAAGCAAUGUCGAGAGUCAGGUGCUUGCGGCAGCCGUCAAGUGGUGGAGUGAAAGGAGGGUCUUUUUGAACGGCGCGAAGACGGUAGUGUUCUAGGCGGAAAGAAGCGCGAAUCGAUCAUUCACAACGUAUAUAGGAUCAACUAGAUGAUGCGGAAGCACAGCAAUAUCGCAGAGAUAAAAGUCAAAUGGGUAAAGUACUUUAGCGUCUGGUCACCG